AUUACUGCAGAGGGGACCGGGCCGUCACCGGCAGCCGGCAGUGGGACAGGUGUGUCGGCGAGGACCGGGCGGCCGGAGCGCCGGCUCCGACAGCGUGCAGUGGGAGGGCGCUGGGAGACGAGCCAGUGACCCAGUGAUGGUCCCCGCGCCACCGAGACGCCCAUGAGCGGCCGACGGUGGUCCCUGGCCGCCGCGCUGGCGGUCUCUGCCUGGGCAAUCGUCUCCGGACAGGGGUUUGACACGCCCGUCAUCAACAUCCGACAGGGCGGCCUGCGAGGGGUCCGUGAGUACGUUGAGUCGGCCCAGCGGUCCGUAUACUCGUACAGAGGUAUCCCGUACGCUCUGCCGCCCAUCGGCUACCUGAGGUUCAGGCCGCCGGAGCGCCACCCGGGCUGGAACCGGACCCAGCUAUUCGACCGGUACGGACCGGCCUGUCCUCAGCUGGACAACCAGGGUCGGCCCGAGACGGCCACCAGCGAGGACUGUCUCACUCUCAACGUCUGGAUACCGCAGGCACCGGUCAGCUACCGCACAUUUCCCGUGUUUAUCUUCCUGGACGGUGAGUUGUUCUGGAGACAGCGGUCCUCCAAGUUCCCGAUGAAGGAUCUGGCUGCUCAGGACAUCAUCGCCGUCUCCAUCAAUUAUCGCACCAAUGUCUUCGGGUUUAUGACUCUCCGUACCCGCGACACGCCCGGUAACCUGGGCCUGUGGGACCAGCGGCUGGCGCUCGCCUGGGUGCAAGAGAACAUCGCGGCGUUCGGCGGCGCGCCGCACCGCGUCACGCUGGCCGGCCACUCGGCCGGCGCCGCCUCGGUCGGCCUGCACAUGGUGUCGCCGCUCUCGCAGGGCCUGUUCCAGCAGACGGUGAUGAUGUCCGGGUCGCCGCUGGCACCCUGGGCACACAUGAGCGGCCGCGAGGCGCAGCGGCUCGGCCAGGAGCUGGCCGACAUCAUGGGCUGUCGGGACCGGCAGAGUGCCGCGCGCCAGCUGCACUGCCUGCAGAGCCGGGACUAUGUGCGACUGCUGCGGGCCGCCCAGCGGCUGUUAGAGUCCCAGAGCCGGUUUUUCCCGGUGUUUGCGCCGGUGACCGACUCGUACCUGCCUCCCGGUGAUCGGUUCAUCCCCGAGGACCCGGAGAGGCUGCUGCGGCUCAGUAACUACGCCAAAGUGCCGCUGCUGGCCGGCGCCGACCACGACGACGGCAUCAUCAUGCUCUACCAGUACCCGGGCACGGACCGCCUGACGUUUUCGAACCUGUCGCUGGCGCUGCGCCGGGUGGUGGUGCCCCGCCUGCUCGACCAGCACGGCCUGCACUACCAGCGGCCGCUGCUGGAGCGCGUGGUCGGCUACCAGUACCUGGACUCGGUGCCUGCCGGCAGCCAGCAGCUGCUGCUCGCCAGCUUCGUCAAGAUGUUCGGCGACGCGUAUUUCAUCGCUCCUCUGUACGGCUUUUUGGAGGGCUACGCCCGCGCCGGUGGAGAGGCCUACGCGUACAGUUUCACAGAGCGUGGACCGGAUAUCUACGGCAACGUCGUCACCUACCAGGGCGCCGGUCAUGGCUCCGAGCUUCUGUACCUUCUCGGGCCGACCAUGUUCCGUCUUCUGGUGGGAAAUGCGUUCGGCCGACCACAGCAGCGUCUCGCCAUUCAGCUGCGCGGAUACUGGACGGCCUUCAUCCGAGACGGCCACCCGCAGCGGGGCAGCUUCGGCGAGCGGUGGCGGCGCUUCUCACUGGAUGACCCGACCUUCUACAACCUGGUGGGUGACGUCAUCGAGGUGGGCUACCGGCGCGACGACGCCGGCUUCUGGAACACGUUCCUGCCGUUCGUGGAGGGCGGCGGCUCCACCGUGGACCCGGAGCUGUCCACCACCGCCCAGCCGCUCGUGUACGAGUCGCGUCCGUACCAGGUCGUGAUGUGGGUGCUGGUGGCCGUCAUCAUUCUGAUUCUGAUCGGCCUAGUGGCCGCCCUGCUCAUCACACGCCGGUGGAAACGCUCGCAGGCCUCCGACCUGUCGUUCCGGUAGCGCGACGGCAGACCCAUCUGCUGGCCAAGACGGGAACUACAGACGCAAGCUGUGAAAGCGAACAGUUGGUUGAACUGUUCUUUGCGGAACGUCACAAUUAAACAUGUGUCAUAUUUUGUGUUGAUAGUCGCGUAGCUGUAACGACCUUUGAGCUAGACAGUCGGCUUGACAUCUUACUUGCGUUGCUCUGCUGUGUUGGGUCGUACGUCGUAACGCGAAUAGUGAGCUUGCCAAAGAUCGAUUUCGCACGCCAUAGCCUUAUUAUUGUCUGCGACCACACGGAAUGGUCGCCAGUUGAUGUACUACGUAUAUGUAGGAUAAGUGUGUUAUUGUGCAUUCUUCAGCCAUAUGCGCCGUCCAAUAACAUUCCAGACAUCACCGA